AUUCCUGAAAUCACGGCAUUUAAACCGUCAUAUCGAGACUAUACAAGAAAAUCUGUAUGUGUUCUCUGUGAUUACCCUCCGGAACCGAUUACAUGUCCUUCAGAGUUAUAUCUUUUAAGUAAGCCUAUAAGAGAUUGUAGAUCGGACCAAUUUUUUUUUUAUAGCGUGUGUCAAAUAAAAUUUGGAACGAUCAUGCUCGUGUUAAAAAAUGACAGGGAUCAUCAGCAAAUUUCAUUCAUCAGACUUUUUCUGAGAUUACAGCCUACCCUAACAACUGUCAGCUGUCAAAUUUGUGCUUCCUACUUUUCGCUCACCUGCGUAGCUCAACAGCUCAGCAUGAUCCACCUUACGAUGGGUCGAUGAGCUGCCUGGUUGUUGCAGUUGAACAACUUAUCGUGUAGCGUGACAUCGAUGCGACACCACCGACGUAACUCAUCGAACAAACGAUAGGUUCAAUUGGAAGCACCCUUGGAGGAUUCCCCAGAGAGAACUCUUGGAGGAAUAUUCUGAGAGAACUCCUGGAAAAAUAUCUGGAGGGAAUUGCUGGGUAAUCGUUAGAGGAAACUCCUGGAGGAAUUCCCCAUCCUCAAAACGAUCUUCUGGAGGAAUCUCUUGGGGAACUUACAAAAGAAUCGCUGGAGAAAAUACUCAAAGGAAUCUUCGAAAAGAACUUCUGGGAAUACCCAAAAGGAUCUCCUGCGGGAUUCCCUAAGUGGUUACAUUUUACGGAAUUCCCAAAAAGGUAUCCUAGAGGAAUCUCCAAAGGAAAUUCUUGGCGGAAACCUCAGAACGAGUCCGCGUCGGAAUCACCAUGAGGAAUUCCUGGUGGAAUCUUCAAAAGGAGCUUCUAUGGAAUCCACAAAAGGAACUCAUUACAACAAAGAAUUUCUGGCGGAGUCUGCAAAGGAAAUUCCUGACUGUAUUUGUAAAGGGAAAUUCUGGCGAAAGCCCCUGACAGAAUCCCCGGCGCGAAGUCCCAGACGGAUUCGGCUGGAGUUCCUCUAUGUAAUUUCUGGCGGAAUCCUCAGAUGGGAUUCCCGGUGGAAUCCCAAGAAGGUAGUACCAGAGGAAUGCCAGGAAUGAGUUCUCGAUUCCUCAUAAGGAGCUCUUAACGGAAUCUCCAGAGGAAAACAUGGCGGAAUCGUCAGGGAGCAUUCUUUGCCAAAUCUCCAAAGGGAAUUCAUAUUCUAAAGGGAAAUCCUGUUAAAAUCUCAAGACGGAAUUCUUGACGGAGUCUCCAGACAGAUUUCCUGGCGAAACCUUCAGAAAGAAUUCUUUCCCGAAUCUUCAGAGGGAAUUUCUGUUGUAAUUUACAGAUGGAAUUCCUGGCUGAACUUUCCGAGAGGAUUUCAGAUGGAAUCUCAAGAGGGAGAUCCCAGCGGGAUCCGCCAAACAAAAUCACAUGACAGAAUUCCCGGAGGAAUCUCGAGGAAAUUCUCAGUCAAAUCUCCAGAGGAAACUCUUGGCAGAAUCUCUAGAGGGAAUUUCCUACGGAAUCCCUAGUGGAAAUAUCUUACCAAAACCGAAGAGAAAAUCAUAAAGGGAAUUCCUAUUAAAAUCAACUGAAAUUGAGCUGAAAGGAUACUUGGCUGAAUUACUAGGAAGAAUUACAAUAACAUCCGUGAAACAUCCAAAUCUUUGACGUUUGUUUUGCUACUUUUCAAAAAUGGGUUACCUUGAUUUUCCAUCCAAGCAUGCAACAUUUGAAUUAAUCACGCGCAACAAAAAACUGACAGUGCAACUCAUCAAAAUUACUCACCAAAGACGUUUGGUGAUUUUACCAACACAGCUGAGGAUAGCUGCUGCUGCGCAAAAGGUUGCUCGUAGCAACAUAAACAAAACAAAACGCAAGUGGCUAGUGACAGGGCUGGUAGCAACCCCCGGCCUUUAGUGGACAUUUUGGAUGCUGCCAUGCAGCAAGUGCAAGUGUUGUACACAUAAACAAAGUGCAACUUUCGAUGCUGCCGCGCAGCAAGUGCGAGAAGAAGAGCUGCUCGUAGCAGCGAAGAAGAACUGAAAAUAAACAUUGAACUGUUAGCUGAAAGAAAGUGCCUAGAUGAGUGAGAAAAACUUAAGUGAUGAAACCCCGAAGCUACAACGAAACAUAACGCCGAAGAACUUGUUGGAUGCGCUGCUUGGACCGUUGUCGAACACGGAGUCGGAUAAUCCUCCACCGAAUGCGGAGCCGAUUCGUCAGCCUACGGAAACAGUAGCACAACAAAAAGCAGCACAAGCCAAACGUCUGGAAAAACAAAAGAUGGAGCAGAAACUCGAAAGGCUAUUGGAUCGGCGCGAUUUGCUGAAAAUAACAUUUGGAGAUUUGCGAAAUAGUUUCUCGUGACCAGCGGAAGGUAUUCACGGAUGUUUACCUUCAGUUCGACAAGUACUACAACAACUUGUACGUGCAGAUCCAAACUGCAAUAGCGAAGCUGAAAAGUGAUGAAGAGAGAGUCAAGCAAGAGUCAGAGAAGUCCCCUGCGGCAUCCGCCGCGCCACACCAACCGGUUGUGAUGAAUUCUGCUAUCCCGCACCUGCACGUACCGUUGCCGACUUUCGACGGAAGCCUCGAGAACUGGUACUCGUUCAAAUGUAUGUUCCAGACUAUCAUGGACAGAUACCCCAACGAGUCCCCUGCCAUUAAGCUUUACCAUCUGAAAAACUCGCUUAUUGGUAGUGCGUCAGACAAAAUCGACCAAGAUGUUAUCAAUAAUAAUGAUUACAAGGCUGCAUGGAAGGUGCUCGAAAACGCAUACGAAGAUGAAAGGCUAAUCAUCGACAAUAUGGUAAAAGUAAGGUGAAGAGAUCAUUUCACGUACUACACAAGGCUUUGCAUGUAUUAGUGUACAAUGUUUAUUGUAACAUAGCAACCCCUAAUUUCCCCUUAAAGUUUGACAACAUAUGACGUCAUACAAUUUGUUGUAAACUUUUCCUGCACGCUAAGUUUUUUUACACCAAAACCUUUACUGAGCAGCAAAAAUACGUUCCAUAUUAUUCUUAUCUUGAAAAAAGUCUCUCACAAACAGUUUACUGCUUCACUACAAUACAUAUUUAAAUAAAAUCAUUUAUAGUAUAAAACGAAAGUUAUCUCGGAUAAGGAAUAAAGACUUAUUUUAAUUUUAAUUUUGAUGAGUCCUUUUACACGAACACGAAUUUGCGAUAAUGGUUUUUAGCGUGCCGUACAUUGCCAGCUCUGCCGCAGUUUCUAUGGGUAACCAAGGCAUUGUUAUCCAAACACCAGAAGCACGAAAAUUUUUCACUGCAGUGGAUGAUAAUGUUCCAGGUUGCGAAAUGUAGAGCCGGACUAAUAGGGACCCCUGAAUAAUGCAUAUUAAAAUGACUGGUGUGACUGUCGACUUAUGAUUGGGGUUCGAAGAAGUGAAGCUAGUGCAUGAGCAGUUCUUUGGAUGGCGCGCUGUUAAAUUAAUGAAAAAAACUGAGAUACUCAUUCCUUGAAUCGGGCUAAUUUGCCGUGUUUGUGAAAUACAUUUCGCGUUAAUCGAAAAAAGCGCUAAAGUAGUUGAAAUUUUUGUUUUCUCUGGAACAUAUAAUGUUGAUUAUCGGUUGAUGAAACCGUAUGACGUCACCACCCUCCCCUCAAAUUUUGUUUACAUUUUGAGGCUCACUAACACAAGCAAGAGCGGACUUCCUCCACACCUUAUCUAAAUCACAUUGAAUCAUCGAUACCCACAUCGAUGCCUUGGAAAUGCUCCCCAAAAUGACGCGCGAAAACGGCGAAGAACUCCGGAAACUAAUUGAAGGCUGCUCGAAACACGUUGAUGCACUCAAGAACCUGCAACUACCCGUGGAAGGACUAGGCGAGAUGAUCCUCAUCAACACACUCGCCAAGCGUUUGGACAAGGUCACGCGUACGCUUUGGGAGUCGCAGUUGGAUCAAGAAGAACGUCCGUCGUUUAGCGAGAUGAUGGAUUUCCUGCGCGAACGAUGUCGAAUCCUUCAGAAAGUGAAAGGAUAUCCGGAUCACCGUGUACCAGCUACCACAACGAAGCCGAAGGGAAAAUUGGAGCAGAGGAACUUGCCGGCGAAGAACUUUGUCCAAGUAGCCCAGGAACGUUGCCCGUGCUGCGGCAGUGAUCAUGCGAUAUACAAGUGUGAAGAAUUCCGAAGAAUGUGUGUGUCAGAUCGCUACAACAAAGUGAAGACAGGCGGUUUAUGCUUCAACUGCCUUCGUCGCGGUCAUCGUACGGUGGACUGUAAAUCGGAACAAUCAUGCAAGACGUGUCGAAGGAAGCAUCAUAGUCUCCUACACGAGGACAAGGCUAUGGCAAAGAAGGAACCCCCUACUCAAGCUCCAACUGUUGCUGCAACCGGCGAUGGACAAUCAACUGACCAGCCCCAAGGAUCUGUAAACUGUUCCCAAGUACUAACCGUGAAGAAACAAGUGCUUCUUUCUACAGCGAGCGUUUUGGUGUGUGGUUCAGGAGGGUUCAAAGUGGCUUGUCGUGUGCUUCUAGACUCUGGGUCCGAUUCAAAUAUCAUGUCUGAGGAACUCGCGAAAUGCUUGAAGCUCUCCUGGGAACGGAUCGAUCUUCCGAUUUCUGGGCUGAACAAUGCUAAAACUCAGGUCAAGUAUAAGCUGCGAACGAAGAUCUUUUCUCGUGUGAACCAGUUCAGUGCUGUGCUGGAUUUCUUGGUGGUGCCCAAAGUAACCGCCAACUUGCCGAUGGUCGAAGUCGAUAUACGUUCGUGGCCGAUUCCAGGGGGACUAUCGUUGGCCGACCCGUCAUUCCACGUACCUAACGAAGUCCAGCUGAUCCUAGGUGCCGAGCUAUUUUACGAUCUACUCCUGGAAGGAAGGAUGAAGAUUAGCGACGAAUGCCCAACGUUGGUGGAAACUCGCCUGGGCUGGAUUGUGAGCGGAUCGGUGUACACCAGUAGCAACAAACGUCAGCACAACGUCUGUCAUCUGGCGGUAACUAACGAGGACUUGAAUCGAACCUUGUCAAAAUUUUGGGAGCUGGAGGCUUGUGGUGAGGCAUCUCCACUCACUGCACAAGAGCACUCGGUUGAAAUGCAUUUCCAACAAACCGUGUCACGGGAUGAUGAAGGUAGGUACACAGUUAGACUUCCGUUCAACAAUUUGAAGGACCAGUUGGGCGACUCCUACGACACUGCUCGCCGGCGGUUUGAGAAGCUGCUGCGUACCUUCGUCGACGACACCAAAAAGACCCGUUACACAGCUUUCAUGUUGGAGUACUUGACGUUGGGUCAUAUGGUGAAAGUGAUGGACAGCCCUCUGGAUGGAUAUUUUCUUCCGCAUCACGCAGUUUACAAAGAAGCAAGCUCGACAACUAAACUGCGUGUAGUUUUCGACGCGUCGUCAAAAACGUCGUUUGGGUUGUCGCUGAACGACACGUUGAACGUAGGACCAACCGUACAAAGCGACCUGCUAUCGAUUAUAUUGCGUUUUUGCUCCCACCAAGUGGUGCUGACGGCGGACAUUCCCAAAAUGUAUCGCCAGGUUCAAGUUCACGAGGAUGACCGGAUGUAUCAAAGAAUACUUUGGCUCGACGACCAAAACCACAUCGCAACUUUCGAACUGACGACUGUAACUUAUGGCUGUUCCAGUGCGCCUUAUCUUGCGACGAGAGUCCUCAUUCAAUUAGCUAACGACGAAAAGCUCGAUCUACCGCUUGCAGCCAAAACAGUGAUAGAAGACAGCUACAUUGAUGAUUUUCUGACGGGAGGAAAAACAGCAGAAGAAGUGAUCCAGAUCUACCACCAGCUGUCGGAGAUGCUGAAGCGAGGCGGCUUCGGUGCUCAUAAGUUUUGCUCCAAUGAUGGCACCGUAUCGUGCACCGUAUUGAGCAAUAUUCCAGAAGAACUCCAGGAGACCCAAAUGGAUUUUGAGAAUGCGGACGUGAACGCCACUAUCAAAACACUAGGAAUCAUCUGGAAUCCCGACCAGGACCGUUUCAGCUUCUAUGUCAAAUCUUUCGAUUCUCAAAGGGGCUUUCCACCAACGAAGCGAACCGUGCUUUCCGAUAUUGGUCAACUUUUUGAUCCACUGGGAUUUCUCGGACCAAUCAUCACAACGGCGAAGUUGAUCAUGCAGGACUUGUGGCGGCUAGGCUUGGCGUGGGAUGAAGAAUUGCCACAGGAACAAAUGGAGAAUUGGAUGGAAUUUCGUAGACAACUUCCGGUGGUGAACAGUAUGAAGAAGAAACGAUGCGUAGUAGCUGAAGCAGGUAACGGUUUAGAACUCCACGGAUUCUCCGACGCAUCCAAAAAGGCCUACGGUGCGGUGCUGUACACCAGAUGCGUUUCUUCGGACGGAAAGAUCAACACAGAGUUGGUCUGCAGCAAGUCGCGGGUAGCCCCGCUGAAACCGACCACUAUUCCUCGACUGGAGCUGACUGGAGCUGUGCGGGGCCUUGCUUCUGGCCCAUCUAGUAACGAAGACGGUAGCAGCAUUGCAGAUCUCGUUUCAAAGUGUGACACUUUGGUGCGACUCACAAGUGGUUUUAUGCUGGUUCAAGAAAUCGCCGCUUACUAUGAAUCAAUUUGUUUCGAACCGUGUGGCAACUAUCAUCGAGCUAACGCAAGACUACGAAUGGCGGUAUGUGCGGUCUGAGUACAACCCCGCCGAUCGGAUUUCGCGAGGUCUGAUGCCAGAUGCUCUCAACGAGGACGUUUUAUGGUGGAAAGGAUCGCCGAUGUUGAAUGAGAUGGAACUGCAAACCGACAAGUACGACGAUACGAUCGAGUUACCUGAACAACGAAAAACGACGGCUGUCAACACAAUGACCAGUGUGCCAACGAUCAAUCUCAACCGGAUGAGCGAUUUUCGACGGCUUCAGAGAGCGUGGGUUUUCGUGUUGCGGUUUAUUGCAAGCUGUCGAUCGAAGACUAGGAACACUUCAGAACCAACAGCAAAGGAAAUGGACGAGGCACUCCGUACAAUUGUCAAGCUAGUCCAACAGGAAGCGUUUGCGGAUUUGUUCAAGAUGCUAUCGAGUGAUUCGCAGAAGCGAAGCAACUACAGCGGAUUGUCUCCUUUUGUGGAUUCGGAUGGACUAAUCAGAGUUGGCGGUCGGCUCAAGUACUCGUCGAUCCCGUACGAUGGAAAGUGUGGGAUCCUCCAUUAUGGUUCCGGAUGUUUCCGGAACCGGGUAUUUAACGGUUUAUGCCAGCUCCUGUUCCUUACCGUUCACUCCACACUUCUUUACUCUUAUCUGCUCACUCUCGGACUGUGUCUGUCCCAACAACACUCUUAUACUCAAACAGGGCAACAUGCGGAACUAUUUACCCAUUGCCAAGAUGUAUUUAACUUCAGCGUCAGGUUAGCACUUGCAGGUCACCACAUCUCCCUUUUUCUACAAAAUGGAAGAUUUCUCCUAUCCCUACAGACUUGGAGGUUUAGUGGUUACCGCUUCUGAUUCGUAUGUAGAAGGUUCUAGGUUCAAUCCCUGGCCCGUUCCUUUCCUCCUACUCUGUAUCUGUACCUUUCUAUCUGCUUUCUCUCUCGACAUAUACAACUUAUGUAUAUGCAUAUGUUCAUAGCUAUCGCUAGAACCAGGAAUGGGUUGAAAAAGCCAUUUCCUCACUUCCACAGUAAAGUGUCAAAAUAUGUGUCAAUAUUCGCCCGCAAGUAAUGCAACCAAGCGAACUGUUCUGUUUUACCUUCAUAGUAAUCAACACACAAUCUAUCAACGUUCUGCCAAAAAUAAUCAAAAACCCUCUAUCCAUGGAUCGCAUCACCGACCAAAGGUGACUCCCAGAUCUCCCCUUUAACAUACAUUCUAUCCGUGCUGGUUGUGGGGACGCAGAGUGCUCUCGUUCUUUAGUAGCAACAACUAUCUCACUUAAACCUUUACCCUCUAAUCAAAUGGAAGGCAUCUCUUAUCCCACACUCUUACAUUUAAUGUCCGUGCGCAAAUCUGCGAAAGAACUCCAACACGUUCAGUGUUAUGACAUCAUUUGUGUUUCUCGGAUUCACCAUUUUGGAAAUUUUAUCGCUAUCGUGACUUUGUGUGACAGAUUGACAUCGCCAUUAUGAGGUUGAAACCAUUUGUGUUGUUAUGGUAUCGUGGAGGCCACACCCCAACCUUUUUUCAUUUCCUUGUUCUAGCUUGAAUGCUCAAUCUGCGGUGUCGCGUCUCAACAGCACUAAACCUAGGCCACUGCCAUCUUGACCACCACCAUCGUUCAUACAAUGCGACAUAUAUGUAUGAUAAUAAUUUCAAAACUACUCGUUUCUUUUCCGUCUUUCCAUUUCUUAGAAAUCUUAAGAAGCAGAAUCUUCGAUUCGCCAGUCUGCAGUCAGAUAACCCUUCGCCCGAGAUUCACUCAAACAUGUGCAUCAACUACUCGAAAACGCAAGAAGAAAUUCUCAAACAAAUAUACAUAUAAUUCAAUGGUUAAGUCGAACCAUGGCACUGCAUGCAGUCAAUUCAUCCAUUAAUAAUCUCGAAGCAUAAUCAUUCAAGCCUUGAUUCAAGCCCUUUCAGCAACUCUUAUACCUAUCGACAAAGGCAUUGUGACAGCAAUUGGGUUAUAUCAACACACAAAGCUAUAGUUACGCUAUCUGUUCAUUCCUUAGCGGCCGUUUUAGUUAUUUUAGAGAUCCAUACACUGUUUUUUUUUCAUCCUAACUCGUCACAGUUCAAUGACCAUCUUCGAAUAAACUCAUAUAUCUAGCAUCGAAUGUCACCUUCAUCGCCUUAUUCCCAGCUACAUCAUAUCGAUCUUAUCCACCUCUAACGGAUACAAAAUAUCUCUCACCCUUUGCAUACCGAAAACAGCUACCCAAUUUCUAGCCUUACAAAUAGAGAUCAUGGUGGUCUUUCAACCAUCCGCUUUAAAAUGCAUCACUUCCUCCUGAAAGGCAAACUUUUAAUUAACUCCGCCAUGCCAUGCCACCACUCUCCAAUCACUCGCGCUCUCUCCGAAAAAAUCAUUUUGCAUCCGUGCACAAAGUCCAAAUUUGGACUUUGUCCGUGCAUGCGGAGAAAACGCAUGAAAAACAUGUUUUCUCUAUUUUUGUCAAGCGCCAUCUUCAGACCUCAAAACAAGCCUCAAAGCUUCUUUUGCUUCCAUUUUAUCUCCUAAUCUAUUCACACUCAUCUAUAUGUAUAUUUCCAAAGUAUCGCAAUCUCAUAUCUCAAUUCGCCCCCUGCCUGAAAACACCUUUGUGACUCAUGUCAAAUUCGCUAUAUCCGGUCCUACAACAACCACCCUCCUAAAAACGAUCUCCGGGAGCAACGCUGUGCCUUGCACCAGCCAUAUUAGUACGGUCUCCGGGACCAAGAUAUUUGUUUUUCGCUUUGCGCUCUCCGGGAGCAAUGCCGUGAUUUCCACCAGCGUUUUCCAUACGGUCUCCAGGACCAAAAUUUCGCUCUCCGGGAGCAGCACUGCGCAUCUGGCUGAACUUCAAUUUUAACGGUCUCCGGGACCACUACUCGUUCGUUUACCAUGCUCUAACCUCGGCUCUAGCCCCACCGGCUUCACAGCACAUUUUCGUAUAAUACUUGGGCUGCUAUUCCUUAACCAUUCCGCAAAAAACUCAUAAAAUUCUGUCCGACAAAACUCCCAAAUUCCAACAUUUGGGACCCAUCCCUUUUUUGCCCUUUUUUUUGGUGUCAAAAGCAAAACUGCCGCUGCGCAAACAGGUGCCGACCUGUUCAUCUGAUUUUCCAACAGAUGCACUAUUUCGGCGAAGAUUUCCAAAACCCGAGCUAUCUUCCUCAUCAAUGAAAAUCGCCAAUCCUCGUCGCCACUGUGGGAUCCUCCAUUAUGGUUCCGGAUGUUUCCGGAACCGGGUAUUUAACGGUUUAUGCCAGCUCCUGUUCCUUACCGUUCACUCCACACUUCUUUACUCUUAUCUGCUCACUCUCGGACUGUGUCUGUCCCAACAACACUCUUAUACUCAAACAGGGCAACAUGCGGAACUAUUUACCCAUUGCCAAGAUGUAUAUAACUUCAGCGUCAGGUUAGCACUUGCAGGUCACCACAGAAAGCACCAGCUGCUACUUCCGGAUAAGCACCAAGUAACGCGCAUUCUUUUUUUUUUUUGUCUGUAUUAACGAGAUUUUUAGCCCUUGGCUAGUUCAUCUCGGGACCCACGCUUUACUUCCCUUCCGAAGGAAGAACUCACAUUUUGCGAGUUUGUCGGGAGUGGGAUUCGAUCCCAGGUCCUCGGCGUGAUAGUCAAGUGUUCUAACCAUCACACCAGGUCCGCUCCAUCAGCAACGCGCAUUCUUGUGAGGAAGCUCCAUGAAGAACAUCUGCACGUCGGGCAACGAGGCCUGCUGUCGAUUGUACGUGAAAGAUUCUGGCCGAUCAACGCAAAAACAUUGAUCAAGAAAACGAUUGCUACCUGUUACGUUUGCUGCAGAACUAAUCCCCGUUCCUCCAGUCAGUAUAUGGGAGAUUUGCCAGAUUAUCGCAUCACGCCGUCGCCAGUGUUUGCGAACACAGGGGUGGACUAUGCCGGUCCAGUGAUACUAAAGGAGGCUGGCAGAAAGACUGUUCCGUACAAGGCAUAUAUAGCGGUGUUCAUUUGUUUGGCGACCAAAGCCAUCCAUCUUGAGGUGGUUUCUACUCUAACCACAGACAACUUUAUUGCGGCCCUGCAGCGGUUUAUAAGCAGACGUGGUAUGGUAAGCAACCUGUAUUCCGAUAACGGAACAACGUUUGUCGGAGCAAACCAUGAACUAGCGGCACUGCGGACACUAUUCGAGGAUCAGAGCCACCAGAGAAAGCUGAACGAUUUCUGCGUUACGAAGGGCAUUCAGUGGCACUUUAUUCCCCCACGGAGCUCCCACUUCGGAGGCAUAUGGGAGGCGGGUGUCAAGUCAGCAAAGUACCACUUGAAGCGUGUAGUUGGCGAGACCAAGUUAACGUAUGAAGAAAUGGCUACAUUUCUGGCUCAAGCAGAGGCCAUUUUGAAUAGUAGGCCGCUCAUCCCAGUAUCCGAUGACCCGAACGACGUUGAAGUCUUGACACCUUCCCAUUUUUUAAUUGGACGAUCUGCUGUGAGCCUGCCGGAGCCAUCAUACGACCAAGAGAAAAAUCGGCCGGCUUAGUCGUUGGCAACACAUCAGCCUGAUGAAGGAGCACUUCUGGCGACGUUGGUCAGCGGAAUAUUUGCAUCACCUUCAGUCUCGUCCGAAGUGGCACAGCCGUGUCAGCAAGUUUGAAGUAGGAUCGCUUGUGGUGCUCAAGGACGACAAUGCACCACCCCAUCAGUGGCGUCUUGGCCGCAUCCAGGCCACCCAUCCGGGGAAGGAUGGGAUAGUGCGAGUGGUAACUGUAAAGACAUCAACUGGAGAGUAUAGACGAGCGGUUACUAAGGUUUGCGUUCUUCCAUUGAUUGAUCCCGAGGAAUCAACGGGGGGAGAAUGAUCGCGCAACCCUUAAAAAUCGUAAGGCCCCCUGUAUAGUAUCACCAGAGAAAAACGUAAAACUAAUUGGACGAUUUGUUCAAGUGUAUUUUUCAGUAUUAAUAAAGACGUAGUUCAAAAUGGACGCAAUCUGUACACUGAAAGGAGCCUUGCAGUAAUGACAAGCAUAAAAAUGUUUUUAAAUUUACCAUGGCAAAACAUGAUCAUCGACCCACCAACGCUUCUUGUGUGCGUUUUGUUUCUUCUCACAUCAACCGGUUCGAUAGCUGAGUGGUAGCGUGCGAGCCUGGUGAUGUCAAGGUUCUUAGUUCGAAUCCGGUUGCCAACAGAAACUUUUUUUAAUUGAAAAUCGAGUCCAUGGUAAAAUUGAAAACAUAAUUCUGUUGAAUUAAAACGAAACUCAGUCUGCACAAAUUUAGUGGCGUUGUGCAUUUAAAUUGACCCUCAGAAUAGUAAUUUUCACCGCAAGCCGCCGUUCAGUGUACAUAUUGAUUCGACGCAAAUUAACCAAAAACCAAUUCCAACUGAGCUAUUCCGAUAAACAAUGUCAGAAUAGGGUUUUCUGCCGAAACUAGUUAGACUGAUGAGCAUUGAAGCACUCGGUGGAUCAAAACCAAAAAUUGUGCGGCCAUCUAUGUUCAUGCUCAUAAACACUGGGUGGAUAAACAUCAAGCGAAGUGUUCGGAUCGCAGACGCAGUGUCUGCCUCGUUCGCGACCUUGGACAGAUCUCACAUACUCCUCGGCUUUGUUAGCGAUAAAUAUUGAUCUCAUCGACACCGAUCAUAGAGCAGUGGAGACAGCUUUUGCUCUUCAGAAAAGGGGCGACAGUGAGAACUGGCUUCACAAGAAACUCGACCAAGACGAACUACAUGAUCGCGGGUAGAGGCAGAUCUGGCGUGGAUGAUGUGUAAGUAAGUAACCUAAAAUCAAGUUAAAUUUAAUUUUGUUUUAUUCCAAUUUAUGUGUUUGCAUCCUAUGACAGAUACGUAUAUUUCGACGUUAACUGUAGGUAUGAUCAGCUGUAACUAUGGUCGUCUUCAGUGUCUCAUAAUAGACUCGACUUCAAGGGACAAGUGCCAAUCAUCAGCAACCUCUAAACGCUCGAAACUGGAGUAAAAUUAUCCUGCAGUCAUCAAGGUAAGGUACAAAAACAUGAUCACAAGGUUCACGACAUACACUAUGGCAAACGCAGCACAGUGAAAAAAAAAAACAAGGAAAAAAAAUAAAUUCUUGUGCAUUUAAAGACUCGUUCAGAAAAAAUCCUCCUCUCUACUGUA